AAGUAAUCAUUUUUUACCUAUUUUUAACAAGAAAACGCCCCAGUCCAAUAAGCCUUUGCUCAAAAUGAAUCCGUCCAGUCCACUAUCCCAACUAAAAUUCAAUAAUUUUCCCCGGAGCUCACUUCAAAACAAAACAUGUCAUUAUCCCGACCCACCACCGCCACCGCCACCACUGAUACCGACAAUUCCUCCGCCGCCGUCCACCACGUCACUUACUGGUGCCAUGAAUGUGACAUGAGCGUCCUCCUUCCCCGCCCUCUCUCCUCCACUUCUCCUCCCCUAUGCCCUCACUGCCGCCAUGACUUCCUCGAACAGAUGGACUCUUUCCCACCACCUCCCAACCCCACCGCCUCCGCCAAUCACUCCGCCGCCGUGUUCCAAUCCAUGUCCCCGAUGGACUCCGACAACCCCUUUCCCUUCCCCUCUGCCUCUCCGGCCGACGACACCUUUCUUCUCGACAGCCCGUAUUUCCAUCGCCUUGUCAACAACCUCAUGACGGCUGACACCCCCGUCAGCCACCACAACCACCCGAUUAACCCACCUCAGUAUAAUUCUCCGGCUUCGAAAUCAGCCAUUGAAUCCCUUCAUCAUGUUGUCGUGGACUCUGCAUUCCUCGAGAAAGAUCCCACCGUUGUUUGCCCUGUUUGUAAGGAUCAAUUCUUGAUUAACUCCGAGGCGAAACUAUUGCCUUGCAACCAUGCUUAUCACGCCGAUUGCAUUAUCCCGUGGCUGCAGAUUAAUUGCUCGUGCCCGGUUUGUAGGCAUAGGUUGCCAACUGAGAAUGAAGCAAGAAAACAUGAGGUUCAUGGUGGGGAAAGGUUUAUUGGGGCGGCGAGGUUGGAUGAGUUGUUGGAUGAAGAGCAAGAUUUGUUUGGAUUCACCAGCAUUUUGAGAAACGUAGUGAGGAGGCAACAGCAGAGUAAUCGCGAUAACGAAAUGCACCUUAGGAAUGUAGAGAACUGGAAUAGGCGUGUUGUGUGGGAUAAUGAUAUUUUGUUUUCGCCUACACAGAUUGGGGAGGCUGAAAGUGGUGGCGGCAGUGGUAGGAGAGGGGAUCAUGUGGAGAGGGCUAAUAGCGUGGAGACCGUGACAAGUUGGCCGAUGUGGCCAGUGGAAGGUGGUGCCAGUGGGAGUGGAAGUGGAGAUGGGGAUGUUGCCGUUGGUGUGAGCAGUGGAAGAGGGAUUAGUGAAGGGGAUGCCGUGAUGUCUUGAUGUUUAUGGAGUGUUAAGAUUGUCCAUUCGGGGUAGACAUAUAAGAUGAUCUGUAUAGACUUUAGAUACUUCAUACUUGCAAAAACAAAAUGAAGGUAUAAAAGCUAAUAAAGUGCCGGCUAAAUUAUGCGGCAACAUUGGGUUUGAUGAUCGAUCUCAAUCUAUUUGCUGAAGUGAGGAAGCUCCCUUCCAGUUCCUUCUUUUUCCCACCUACUAUAGAGAAGGCUUAUGUAAACAGUCAUUCUAGAAGAAAUAAACUUGUAUGGAUGAGUUAGCCCUUGAAAUUUAUUGUUUCAGCUCCUUUUUUUUUUUUUUUCUUUUGUGGACAAGAUAAAAUCGGCUAUAGUGUUUAGAGGUUGGAAAGUCAUAACGACUCCAGAAAAUACAGUAGAAAUUGUAAAUUCCGAUUGAUAUGAAGUUAUCUCUCGGCUUUGAUUCAUAGUUUCCUGUGUUCUGGUUUCUACGAUCUUUACCAGUUUUUUUUAUAUCCUUCUGCUGCAUUUUGCGUCUACUGGCUGUAACUGGAGGCCAGAAUGUAGUUCUACAAUACAUGAGAAAUCUUUUUUUGUUUUUUUUAAUAUGGAAAAG